CUUCUGGAUCGUUGAGUAACAGAGAUUUGCCAGGUGUCUAAUGCCCAUUCAAUAUAAAAAGUAACUGCCUUUAACGAUGACAUAUUAAAUAAAUCUAGGCUAUCCAAUAUUUCAGCACAGAAAUGUAUCUGCAGUGAUCAAAUGAGAUUACAUCCACUGGUCCAGGCGGAUUUGGAUGUAGUUGGCACUAAUCUGCCCUGGCUUGAGGGUUUUAUGACUUUCUGAGAGUGUGUGUCUGACCGGUUUAUUCCAGGAUCUAUUACAAAAACUAUUUAGCCACAGUAAAUCGUGCAAACACAAGUGACGGCGCAGACUAAACAUAACUUCCACAAUCACAACACACGAAUGUCAGUAUAAGGAAAAGUUUGUUGACACACAAUAUAUGUUCUGGUAGAGCUGUUCGGUCGGGUAGCUGUUUGCGCCAUCUUACUUUUUUUUUUUUUUUUUUUUUUUUUUUUUUUUUACUUUUCAACUGUCAUAUGUAUCUUACCAAUGCAAUUCGUCUGGCGUUAGAAAAGUCGACGUGCACAACAGCAGUAAUCCAUCUGAAACUCCCACUGCGGAUUUUAACACAAGGCGCACGGAGAUCACGGAGCACCAGUCUGUUGAUUUAACGCACAUAUUUAAAAUGACGACUUUUUUACGCACAAAGAAAGAAUAACAAAAAGAGAGCAAAGCAGUGGAGCGCCUUUUUUAAUUCCUGUCGGUAUCUUGCAAGCCCACAUCCUGGCACACACAACAGCCGAUUUGUUAUUGAUCAAGUGUGAAAGUGACGGCUUCGUAUUUGGGUAAAAAAGAAGAAAGUUGGGAGUUGACAGACUCGCAUGAUGUCGCCAUCCAAAGGGGGGCUGCCAGACGCACUUGAGACUUACUGCAACGAGCCUUGUUAAAGAGGAAAAAAAUAGAGAAAUAGAGAAUGAGAAGGAUUGUUAGUUAACGCGAGAGGAGGGAGGGGGUGAGGAAGAAGGGGGAGAGAGAGAGAGAGAGAGAGAGAGAGAGAGAGAGAGAGAGAGAGAGAGCAUGGAUUUGGGCAGGGCUGUGGUUACCCAGCAUAAGCUUGCCUUUUCCUUCACUGACUACACCCCAAGAGGAGGAGCGUAGUGUGCAGCGUAGUAGGCGUCAGGAUCCUCAAUUUCCAACUUAGCAUCUUGGCAGGACAUUUUCCCAAGCAAAGCCCCCGUCCGACGGGUAAAAAAAAAACUUCUGCACGGGCAUGAGAGCGACGGUGCAACUCUGAUAAGGGAGCAACAGAAAAACAAAACGAGACAAAACAUCCGACGGGCAGUGGCUGGCUGGCAGCGACCAAAUUAAUCCAUCCAAAAUCUAAGCCGAUUUUUUUAAUUUAGUCACUUUUACUUUUUGCCUUCACCAUUGUCAUUUAGAAAGGGGGGGGGACAGACAGCGGGUCUGCAGACACACACGGCUCUAUGCGCUCCGACAGCAGCGCAUGAGAAAAUAAAGGGGGGAAAGUGCGCAAGUUAAGUGGCUUCUACUCUCCGGGCUCCAGCAUGGCGUAUCCUCAGGGCUACUUGUACCAGCCGUCCGCUUCUUUAGCCCUGUAUUCAUGCCCUGCGUACAGCACCAGCGUUAUAUCCGGACCCAGAACCGAGGAACUUGGGAGAUCCUCUUCGGGAUCUGCUUUUGCGCCCUAUGCCGGAUCUACUGCGUUCACCAGCGCCUCGCCAGGCUACAACUCCCAUUUACCGUACAGUGCAGACGCGGCGGCAGCUGCCACAUUCACCUCGUACGUGAGUUCUCCCUAUGACCACACUACGGGUAUGGCCGGCUCAAUAGGAUACCACCCUUACGCAGCACCCUUGGGCACCUACCCUUACGGUGACCCAGCAUACCGUAAAAACGCAACCCGGGACGCCACCGCCACCCUGAAGGCCUGGCUCAACGAACAUCGCAAAAAUCCCUACCCCACCAAGGGCGAGAAGAUCAUGCUGGCCAUCAUCACUAAAAUGACCCUCACCCAGGUGUCCACCUGGUUCGCCAACGCCAGGAGGAGGCUAAAGAAGGAGAACAAGAUGACCUGGACCCCCCGGAACCGGAGCGAGGACGAGGAGGAGGACGAGAAUAUUGAUUUGGAGAAAAAUGACGACGACGAGCCAAACAAACCAACAGACAAGGGAGACUCCACAGACACAGAAGCAGAUCAUAAACUGCUGAACCCAGGGGACAUAGGCUGUGACAGAUUUAAAGAGGAGAGUCAUGGCAAAGACACGGAUCCCCUUCUGAGCGACUCGGAGUUAAAAGAGCAGGAGGAGCGGACUACAGACUUGCUGCCGGAUUCCGCAAAACCAACCACUUCGUCUCCCUCGGCUGUGCCCCGGGGGAACCAGAGCGUUGCGCAACAAGACAAGCCGUCAGAUUUGAGCCAUGCACCGGGUACGGUGACCAGCAAUGUGACCUCUGUUAUCCACUCGCCCCCUUCGGCCCCUAAACCCAAACUCUGGUCGCUCGCGGAGAUCGCCACGUCCUCAGACAGGUGUAAGGGCAGCGGCGAAGCGCCACAGGCUUGUCCCGGUUUGGGUCAGAGCGCAGUAAUGGGCACCAACGCGUCUCCAUCACGGUCCUCCCCUCAGUGCCCGCUCCCCAACAGCACGGUCCUAUCCAGGCCUCUGUACUACACCUCCCCUUUCUACCCCGGCUACACGAACUAUGGUGGCAGCUUUGGACACCUUCACAGUAACCACGGCUCGGUAACCACGGGCUCCACGGCACAUUUCAAUGGAUUAAACCAGACUGUGUUAAAUAGAGCAGAGGCUUUGGUAAGAGAGAGCCAGAAAGUCAGAGGCCAAACGCAGGUAGAUCUUUGUAAAGACUCCCCUUAUGAACUAAAGAAAGGUAUGUCAAACAUUUAAUACCUGAUUAUUUUCCACUCACCGCGGACUUUUAUUUAUUUUUUUGUGGUUGCAUUAAAAAAAAGAAAAAAAAGAAAAGAACAACGAUGAAGCAAAUUCUAAGAACAGUUAUUUUCUGAGUAAAUGCUUAUCCUCAAAUUUUUAGUUUCUGAAUGGUUAAUCCUAAAAUGUAACAAGAAUGGUCUUAAUCGCUGCAGCCGCCUGAGUCUAUUUGUAUUAAAGACUAACAUGUAUAUUUAAUGUAGCAUUUUUGUAUUUAAAAUGAACAACACACUAUCUUUGAAGUAAAUUAUGGAAAAAAAUA